GUUUUAUCAAUCCCCAAUUUCCAAUCUCUCUCGAAAUUUCCACUCAUUCAAUCAAAUUUGAGGAGGAUCUGUAUUGGUUUUCGAUCAAUCGAUGAUCAAUUUGAGAAGGAUCUUUAUUGGUUUUUGAUUGAUCGAUCGAUCCACUUACAUACUCGCUAUGAUUUCUAGUGAGGUCUCUCGGUGAAUUGAUUGAAUUGAAAAAGAUCUGUGUGAUUGAAUCUGUCUGAUUGAUUCGCUGCAUGAAAGAUACAGGGGGAAAGGAAGGGAAACGAUCGGAGUAGGAGAGAGAAAAACUGAGCAGACCACACACAACAUGUCUGCCAUAGUGUGCGGCAAGAGAUCAUCUUUCUUCGAAGACGACCCUGUUUCUAAGCGGAUUCGCUGUUCUUCUUCUUCCCCUGUUCGAUUCUCUCCUCCCAGACAAUCCAUCGGUUCGCCUUCUUCCAAUUAUUCUGUCAGUUUUCCGUCGGCAUCGCUGAAUUCAUCGGCGCUCGAUCAUCUCGGUGUACUUUUCCCGGACAUGGAUAAACAG